ACACAAUUUUCAUGUAAACUAACUAUGUUUAACAAUACUAUCUAUAAUUAUUAUUACUUUAUUAAAUUAGUCGUAGUGAAAUAUUACUUUAUCAGUAUUACUAUACCUGUAUACAACUUGUGUUAAUUCUCGUUUUUUCUGGAUCCACAUUCCACUCCACUCAACAUUCAACAGUAAUUGAAUAAUAAAAACACUAUAAAUAGACGCUGCUUGCUUCUAAUAAAAAAUGAAUUAAAAUGAAUAGGUAAAUAGUAUACAGUAUACACUGUAUACGCAAUAGUCUGAGUUUGUACUUUUCGAAAAAUUGCCUACGUUGAACUUAAGGACGUCCUUUUAAUAGUAUACUUUUUCAAGAAAUUACCUACAUUGUUAUGUACAAUGCUGAAAGUAAAACAACUUUUUUUGAAAAUGAUCAAUAAUAUUGAUGUUCAAUAAUGCUGACUUGUUAUAGAAACUAGAAUGAACAACAAACUAAUCCUCGAAAUAUUUAUUUAAUAGUUUUGAUGAAAUAUUUUGGAUGAAUAUUUAGAAAACAGAAAAAUGAUUUCAUCAAAUAAUUGCAUUGAACAUGAAGCAGUUACCAACUUUAGGGAAUAUCUUCGUAUACCUUCAGUUCAUCCGAAUAUUGAUUAUAGUAAAUGUGUGGAAUUUAUUUUGCGACAAGCUCAAAGCCUCAGUUUGCCAUCCAAUGUUUAUUAUAUGGCACCAGGCAAGCCUAUUGUUAUUAUAACUUGGACAGGGCAGAAACCUGAAUUACCAUCAAUUCUUCUCAAUUCACAUAUGGAUGUAGUUCCUGUUUAUCCAGACAAGUGGACUUACAAACCAUUUUCAGCACACAAAGACAUAAACGGUGAUAUUUAUGCAAGAGGAGCACAGGACAUGAAGUGCAUUGGAAUUCAGUACUUGGAAGCAAUUCGAAAAUACCGUAGAGAAAAAUUAGUUUUUAAUAGAACUAUUCAUGUUUCUUUUGUUCCAGAUGAGGAGAUCGGUGGAUUUUUUGGUAUGCGGAUAUUUGUGAAAUCACCUGAAUUUUUAGCUUUAAAUGUUGGAUUUGCAUUAGACGAAGGCAUGCCCAGUACUGAUAAUAGUUUUACUUUGUUCUAUGGAGAACGAACAUGUUGGCAUCUUUUUAUCAAAUGUAUGGGUACGCCCGGACACGGAUCAUUGCUCCACGAUAAUACAGCUGGUGAAAAGUUACGUUAUAUCAUCGACAAAUUUAUGGAUUGGCGAGAUUGUGAAAAACUAAGAUUAAAAAAUAGUGAUUUGGGACCAGGCGAUGUUACAUCGGUCAAUUUGACAAUUAUAGAAGGUGGUUGUCAAAUAAAUGUUGUGCCACCAGAAUUUACCGUCUACUUUGAUGUACGGUUGGCUGUCGAAGUCAAUUGUGACAUAAUGGAAAAUGUAAUAAAACAAUGGUGUAAAGAAGCCGGCGAAGGAGUAAUAUUAGAGUUCACGGAGAAAGGAUGUCAUGUUGAACCAACUAAACUGAACGAUGAAAACCUUUAUUGGGUUGCGUUAAAGAAUCAAUUUGAUAAAAUGAAUUUAAAAUUUAAGAAAAGUAUAUUUCCUGGAUCGACCGACAGUAUAUUUAUCAGAGAGUUAGGCAUUCCAGCAAUAGGAUUUUCACCAAUUAAUAACACACCUAUCCGUUUACAUGAUCAUAACGAAUUUUUGAACGAGGUGACGUUUCUUAAAGGCUUAGACAUUUACUAUAAUCUAAUUAAAAGUCUUGCUUUAGUGUGAUUAUUGUAAACGCAUUUAAUUUAUUAAAUUUACUAUUAUAAUUAUACUACUGUAUUUAAUAUAUUAAAAGUUAAUUAACGUUAUCGUCCUCCUAAUUUCCUUUCUUUCCAAGGCUGGAUUUCUUAUUUGAUUGUUCUUUUCGCAUGUUUUAUUAAUUGU